UGGCGUACCUGGCUUCCAUUAUUUCCAAUGGGCCUUCCAACCUCUCCCAUUCUUUCUGAUGGGCAAUCCUGUCGUUCCCUUUUAUCCCUCAUAAAGAGGCCUAUUUUGAAGUAAGGAGAGAAUAAGGUGCGACCUGCGCACGCGCACUAGGCUCCAUUUUGAACGGAACAGAAACAAAACCAAAUGAAGCGGCAUUUCGGGAAAUGGGUGGGUGUGCUUAGGUUUUGUUUUUAAGCGAAGGGUGAGGGCUCAAGCAAAAACGGAGAGACUGCGCAUGCACCAGUGUCUGUGCAGGCAAGCCAUCAACCAACAUAGGUCGGCACGGCUCCUUUCCCCUCCUCCUUUAGUUCCGAGGAGUUUCGCUUCUGCGGUUGGAUUUGUACCCGUCAUCUCUGGGACUCUACCCGUCAGACUUCGGUUCCCGGCCUCGAGUGCCUUUCUUGGGCGGUUCAGGAACGUGGAAGUGUCUGCGAAGGCGUGAAAGAGACAGAUGUUCCGCCCCGGGAGUUCUUCUGCGGGCGCCCAGCCUUCCUCUUGCGAAAAUGAUCAAGAGGUGUAUGAAUGUCCAAUGUGUCACCUUGUUUGUACUGACUAUCCAGUUCUACAAGAACAUGUUGAACUGCACUUGCAGGAAUCCAGUUUAUUAGAAGGAAGAAACUUGCAUGAUCUCAGGUUGGCACAGCAUAUCCAGAAUGAGGAAGUGAGACAACGAAGAGAAGCUACAAGACAAGAGAAAGAAGACUUUCAGAAGCUGCAAAGACAAUAUGGCUUAGAUGGUUCUGGUGGGUACAAGCAGCAGUCACUGAAGAACAUGGAAAAGGAAGUAGCUCGGGGAAGAAUGCAGCCUUCCGAGUAUCAUAAGAGAAAAGCUGACAUGAUGGAAUCUUUGGCUUUUGGCACUGAUGAUGGAAAGACACGGACUUCAGGCAUUACUGAAGUGCUCAGCCAUUUCUAUCGAAGUGAAUCUAAAGAUACAAAGCGAGUCUGGCUUUCUAUGGGAGUGGAUCACUUCCAUUGUUCUUUAGGAGACAGAGGCUGGGGUUGUGGUUAUAGGAAUUUUCAGAUGAUGCUUUCGUCUCUUCAGAGAAACAGCACCUACCAAGACUGCUUGAAAGAUCUUCCAUCAAUUCCUAAUAUUCCAAAAAUUCAGUCUUUGAUUGAAAAUUCCUGGAAAGAAGGUUUUGAUCCCCAAGGAGCUUCUCACUUCAGCAGCGGAUUACAGGGCACAAAGGCAUGGAUAGGAGCAUGUGAAAUUUAUUCACUUUUAACUUCUCUCAGGCUAAAGUGUCAAAUCAUUGACUUUCACCUGCCAACUGGCCCAUCAGGAACGCAUCCUUAUUUGUUUGACUGGGUGCUGAAUUACUACAAUUCAGACAAAGAGAACAGUGCAAAGGUGGUGUGUACCUCCAAGCCUCCAAUCUAUCUUCAACACCAAGGCCAUAGUCGCAGUAUUUUUGGAAUAGAAGAAAGGAAGAACAAAACCUUUUGUCUACUAAUAUUUGAUCCAGGCUGCCCCACACAAGAAAUGCAAAAACUCUCAAAAGGCGUUGAUGGUAACUGUCUGAGGUUGGUUCGGAGAUUUUCAGGUGGCUUAAAACAUAAACAGUACCAAGUGGUGGCCAUAGAUGGCGUGCUGUCAGUAGAGGAAAAAGUCGUAAGUAUCGUAAGAAUCCAUGAGAUUCAUUAUAAAGCAGCUGUAUGUGCAUGGAAAUAUAGAAUUAAGCAAAUUAUUUUCCAUAAGGGGGCUGUACCAUUCUUAUACUACUUUUUUUGGAAUCUCCUAUGCUUUAUAUGCCUUUUGGAAAGUAGCAGUAAGAAUACAGUACCUCUGUUUCCCCCCUCCCCCAAGUAUUCUCUACUAAAAUUGCUAUGAACAGUACCCUUUUUUGUAGGAUGUUGUCAGUUUUGCAGUCAGAUAUGCAUCCUAUUAUGUCUACUCAUAAGUAUAUCCUGCUAAAUUUAAUGAGACUUACUCCCAGUGGAAUGUAAAUUAGGCUAUUUAUGCCAUAGGGAUUCUGAUUCCUAAUCAACAAGAAAGUAUGCAUGGAGAAACCAUAGCUGCUGUGCAUAGAUAGUCCUCCAGGUACAGUUGAAAAGCAGAAGAUCUGGUCUCUGGUGGGAAAGACUAAGGGAAGUAGACCUGAAGGCAGCCCUAUUACAUUCCUGACUAGCACCAUUUCAGAAACUUUAUGUGGGCCGUAUAUCCUCAGUAACUAUGAGACUUGUUCAUGCAGCACCUAUGUUAUGUGGAAGCUAACUGAAUUGGGAUUUUUUUUUCUUGUGGCAAGUUAAUGCUGUCCUUUCCCUUACCAUGACAAUGACACCCAAGUAGUUAAUGUCCUACAAAAAUGUUUCUGCAUGAGGCAACUGAUUUUUUUUUACUUGUAGAGCUAUUAAAAAGCUAUCUUCAACUGUACACAUUGAAAAGCUUUUGAGAUGUCCUUAAAAAUGAAAAUAGACAUCCACCUUUUUUUUGAGGGGGGGUUAGUCAAAGCAAUAAACUUGCAAAAUUAUUUUAUUAAA